AACAUUAAUGUUUGACUAGUACGAGGAAGACCUUGCUAAUUCAACACACACUAACAAAUAGAAUGAUUAAAAAAAAGGAAAAAUUCCUUAAACAAGAGAUAAAAAUUAAUAAUAAUAAUAAUAGUUGAGUCUUCAGAGACUCAAAAAAUCAGAAACCACAGACUUUCAAAUGUUAAAACAAGGGACUAUUUGUCCAGGCAAAUUUAUCCAAAUGUUGUGUUGUUGAGAGCAUUUCAUUGGAAGAUUGGAAAAUGAAAGUAAGUCUGUGCUUUACAAGGGAAAAUCCAUACAAGAAAUAGACAUUUCUCUGCAGCUGGAUCAUGAAUCAGGUUGUUCUCACACUGCUGUGCGCACUGCUGUUUGGAGUGAGUCUUACACACUCUGCGGGACAUGGAGCGGGGCGUUCGCCGCGAUGUUUAUGCAGAGGAAGACUGCUGAAAUCAGUGAAUCCUGGAAUCAUUCAUGUAGUAGAAUUGUUCCCACCAAGUGCCUCCUGCUCAAAGACCGAGAUUAUACUGACUCUCACUCGAAAAGGAAAAGGGAAAGGGAAAGGGAAGGAAGAGAGAUUGAAGGUGUGUUUGCAUCCGUAUAAGAAGCAAGGAAGGAGAUUAGUGGAGGGCAACGGGAUACAAAACAAAAAGCAAAAGAACGGAGGAAGAAAGGGGAAGAAUUAGAAGUCUGAUGACAAGGAUGACUUGUGGAAUUAUUUUUCUUUCUGUUUUGUGAUUUACAAUAUUUCUGUGAUGAAACUAUAAAGAUACAGGCUAAUUGUGAUUGAUGGCAGUAAAUGUUUUGAUCUCUAAGAAAUGAUGACCACCAACUCUGUUUUGAAUAAAGUAUUGGAUAGCUUGUGUCCAAAAUUAUUAUACUCUAUUCACUUACUUUUAUUCAUACAUUUUACACAAACCUUUCUGAUCCAGAGGUGUGAUAUAACCAUGAAAUAAUUCCAAUGUGUGUGAUAUAACCAUGAAAUAAAAACAAUUCUAAUGCUAAUUUGAUCUUAUGUUUAAGAGUAUUACUAUGAUACAAUAAAUAUCACAGUGGACUUUGACUGUUUAGUCUCUCGGUAACUAUAUGAAAUAUUUGUCUACUCUAAAGUAUACAGUGUUUUGGAGUCUACUCUAUCGCUCAAUACAGAUUACAAUUAACUUACAAUAUUAAUUUUGUCAUGCUUGUGAUAAUGAAUCACAUUAUGAAAAAUAAAGAAUUUGUGAAAUGAA